CAAAUGCGAUAGCAAUCAUUGUUUCACUUAUUAGUUAGUAUUAAACAAGUACGGUCCAAAAAUGUUAAAGCUAUAUUUUGCUUUAUUCCUAAAGUUCUCUUUUGCUGCACAGCCUCAAUGUACAGUAGCUGAUGUCAAAAAUUUGCUGGAAGGUUGUGAGCACCUUACAGGUUUAAAUAUCACCAGUGUUGGUGGCACAAUGGUUAAUGACCAUAAUUGCGACGUCUUGCUUCCAAAGCAAGUUUUUCUUGAAGAGCCUUUAUUUCAAUAUCCUCUGGCUGAUUCGAAAAAAUUCUACACGAUUAUUAUGGUAGACCCUGAUGCUCCUCCUCAGUUGGAUGGAGAGUUCUUCUUACACAUGUUAAAAUCGAAUAUACCGGGUCUGGCUCUAAAAGGAAAAGAAAGUGUAAAAACUGUGGGAAUUGACUAUAGAGGGUAUAAGCCGCCAACUCCACCUCGAGGAACAGGCCCACAUCGCUAUAUAUCUCUAUUGUACGAGCAAGCUGACGGAAAUAAUUUUUUGCCCUCAGUGCCAUCUAGUCGCAGUCGAUUUACUUUAGCAAACUGGCUUCGGGGCAAAAACCUUUGUGGGCCAGUCGCUGGAACACAACUACGGAUACAAUUCUAGAUGGCUUAAAAGGAAAAUUAAAGAAGUACACUGAUUAUUAACUAGAGGGCAUUUUUUUACACCGAACAAAUUAUACACGUCUAAAUGUUUUUCUUGAUUAGUACAUAAAUUACUUACUUGCUUGAAAGGUAAAGGAAAAGAUCGCACUUCUUAGUUACGAUCGACACAUAAUCGCAACAACUCUGAAGUCUUGUCCAUUAAGAACAGAAACAGAUAAAAUCUCUAUUAAUUUUUCCAAAAUUGGGCGACAAAAUAAUAGGUAUACCUAAAUGGAGGUACAUAUUAUUUAGCGUUAGACAUUAUCGUGAGUGAAUUAAUUUUCUACGAUAUAAAUUAUACGUAAUAGAAGAGAAAAUUAAAGCGUUAAUUUUAACGAAGCCAAGUUGAAACAAUACAUUUAGUACGAGUAGGUUGCGCACGCGACAAAACCCACGCCGUAACAUUUAUUUUAUUUUGUUCUAUGUAUCAUAUUUCUCUAACCUUUUGUUAUGCACUCUAAAUAUGUUAAAAGGCUCAUUAAAUUUCAUUGUUUAAAAGUAAUAUGUAUAAUUGA